AUGAUCGAGAAAAAGAGUCGCUCGUACCGUGCUGCAAGCCGCACCUUCGAGACUAGGUCGAGGAGCCACCUUGGAGACAGCCCCGUUUUCGGGUCCUGGAGACAGGAUGUCGAUGCCAAUGAUGAGAGGAGCCGGGACGAAGGCGAGUCUUCCGGGAGCGAGUCCGAGACGGAGGAGGUGCCUGAAGUCCAAGAGAACGGCGGCCUGCGCGAGUGGGCGCCGAAGCUUUAUGCCUGGCUCGCCCCGAGGGGCGCCAAGCAGCGAACCUGGGAGUUUGCCGGGCACGAGGUGAACUACUUGUCCAUCGAGGUCAUGGCUUCGGUGGUAUCGCUGAUCAUCGCAUUGUGCAUAUCUGUCUUCAUGGAGGGAAAGUGGGGACUGGUGCGGAUCUUCUCACUUCGCGCUCUCUGUCGCUGGAGCUUCGUUGGGCUUCUCUAUUCAUUGAAGACCGUUCUUCUCACAGUCACGGUGGAGUCAGGCUUGCACAACGUGAUUUACAGGAUGAUGGACAACCUCUACGUCAUUGUCGCUGCUGUGGUGAGCUUCUUUGUUUUCAACAGACUCUACGGCAAGCUGGAGUGGCUGUCGCUGUCCAUGUUGAUUUUCUCCGCACCGGCUUUCUUCAUCAUGCGAGAGAGGUGCCACCUGAACUUUUGUAACAUCUUCACCUUUCAGCAUCGGGAGGAAAAUUUCGCUGGGAUGUUAGCUGCCAUUUGUGCCAUCUCGCUGGGUGCCGUGGCGUCGGUUCUAGCCGAGCGGAUUUUCAAAAACCGAUACAGAGGCCGCCUGGCAGGUCGUGACGAUGGCACCAUGCAUGGCAGGUAUUACAUUCAUAGGGUGCACCUGGACUUGGUGUGCUCCGUGCUGGGUGUGGCCGUCUGGAUUGCGCAGUACCUCCUCAACGAUGGCGAGUGGGGCUCUAGGACGGAUGUAAUGUUCGGCGAAUGGAGCCGAAUUCACGUCGUGCUGCUCUCUCUGACAGUCGGACAGAUGUGGUGGGCGGGGCUUGUCGUAAAGAACUUCUCGACGGUCACCAAGUCACUCAUCCAGACAGUCUUCGGUGUUCUGAGCGUGUGCAUCGUGGACCCGAUCGUGGGGAUUACUCUGGGGCGCAACUGGAGCAUUCGAUCCAUUCCAUCAAUCUUGAUUGCCAUCUUUGUCGUCAUCUGUGCCGUCCUGUUCCAGACAGGGAGGUUGAAUGUGAAGUUCCUCUGGAAGAACGCCGGGCUGACCCCGAAGCGAGAGUACGGUGGCCUUCAAGCCUGCAAGCAGAUGUUCUGCAAGCGUGCUCCCGAACCCGAGGACACUGCGGACUCUCCCCCGGAAGCCUGUGCUUUCCUGAAGUAUUCUCUACCGUUCUUCUACGUCAUCUCCAACGCUUUGCAGACGGAGUUUCAGAACGAUGUGUCGGCCAACCGCUACUUCGUGCCGCAGUCGCUGCAAGUGGGCAUUCCCUUCUGUGGCAUGUGCCUGGCCUGCGUGCUCACGGUCAGCACUUAUGGCUUCGCCGGGCUCCGAGAGGCCUUGAACCCCUGCAGCUUGCCGAAAUUCUUCGCCCUGGGCUUCCUCCAGUCGGCUUCCGGCGCGCUAUCGGGCCUAGCCAUGGCUAUCGGCAUCAACGCGUCGCUCAAGGAGGCCAUGGGAAAGAUCUACACUCCCUUGGCCAUGGUUUUGGGACGUUUGAUCUUGAAGCACAGCUACGCUUGGAUUGAGUGGCUGUCGCACACGGCCUCCUUCGAUGCUGCUGUCAUCCUAGCCUUCAUGGAUGCCACCGUUGCAAAUCACCGCCCUGGAAGAAGCUCACAUGUGAGUGCUAUCUUCUGCGUGGCCGCAUCGGCCUCGGUGUCCUGUAUCAACUCCGUGAUCAUGGAGCUGGCACUUCAGAAUACCACGACGCCUUUCAUCAUCAACAAGGUGCGGCUAGAUCUUGGCGCUUUUUGCUGGAGCAUCACCUUCUUGCCCGUCAUGGGCUUCCUGGGAGUCCACGGUGGACGCCCCGACCUUGCCUACUGGGUCUACAGGCCAAACCCCUACUGGGCCUGUGAGAAGCUGGGUUCCUGCGACGCCGCCACAGGUGCCUUUAUCAGCUCCAACACGACCGCCUCGGGUGAGCUUGAGUGCGUCUGUGGCCGUGGUGUCUUCUUGGGGUGGGACUCAUGGUUCAUCUAUGCCACGCUUGCGGCGGGCGUUGUGUACAGCUGGUUGACGGGGAAGGUGGUCCAAAACUUCAACACAGUCAUCCGGUCUGUCUUCGACAUGUUUCCGAUCGUUCUUCUGUGGUUUGUCAUCUCCCCUUUGGCAUCCCGAGUGCCUCUAGAGGCCUUCCAGAGCUACUACUACCACGGGCCUAUCCCCUUCGUCAACCCAGACAGGGCCAAGGAUCUCAUGACCAUCGUCAAUCCCCUUUGUGGCCUCACCUACAUCGUGGCGGCUGGGCAAGUUCGCGAAGUCGCCGAGUUUCGCAAGGGCGUGAGGAAGGAAGAGGAGUCGUAUGAGUCGUCUGAUGAAAGCACCAGUGACAUCUCACAAAGCGAGGGGGUCUGCUGA